AUGAUUAAUGAUGAAGGAAAUAUCUAAAUGUUACUAAGCAAAAAUUGAAAAGAAUUGCUUUCUGGUGUUACAGAGGAAUCUUCAGUAUGUGUAAGAUAAUCAGAUAACAAAGAUAAGAUAUAUUAAUUAAAAAACGAAAUAAUAAGCAAUGGAUUUUUACACAUCAGUAUUAAAGAUAGUUUUAAUAAUAUUAACAAUUAUUAAUUAUGUAAUAACAAUCGAGGAUUCCAAUUAUUGGAAAAAAAUAGCUAAUGAUGAAUUAAAAGAAUCAUUAUCAUAUAAAUGGAAUGAAAAUAUAGCAAAAAAUGUUAUUCUAUUUAUUGGAGAUGGAAUGAGUAUUGAUACUGCAACUGCAAGUAGAAUUUAUAGAGCUGGCGAAACAAGUAAUCUUGCGUGGGAAAAACUUCCUCAUGUUGGCUUAAUAAAAACAUAUAAUACGAAUAAAAAAGUUGCUGAUUCAGCUUCAACAGCUACAGCAUUAUUCAGUGGUGUAAAAACCAACUAUAAUGUAGUUGGAGUUGAUUCACAUGUCCAAUUAAAUGAUUGCGAUGCAAGUUUAAAUCCUAAAUUUCACGUUUCUUCAAUUAUUGAAUGGGCACAAGAAGCAGGAAAAGACACAGGGUUCGUAACAACAACAAGAGUUACACAUGCUACUCCGGCUCCUCUUUAUGCACAUUCACCGAACAGAAAGUGGGAAUGUGAAAAUGAAAUACCAGAAACAUCGAAAAAAUGUAAAGAUAUAGCAAAACAAUUGAUAGAAAAUACUCCAGGGAAAAAUAUUAAAGUAAUUAUGGGAGGCGGAAGGCAGAUGUUGCAAUCAAAUGUUAGCGGAACUGAGAUAGAUCCUAUCGAUACUUGGGCUUGCUACAGUACUGAUGGCAGAGAUUUAAUCAAUGAUUGGGUUCAAGACAAAAAGUUAAGAAAUUUUUCUUAUAAAGUUGUUCAGAACAAUAAAGAGUUAAGAAGCUUAGAUCCUACAAAUAUCGAAUUUUUACUUGGAAUUUUUGCUAAUGGACAUUUACGAAUGGAUUGGGAAAGAGUAGAUAGUUCUGAAGGUCAACCAAGUUUAGAAGAAAUGACAAAAAUGGCAAUCAAAGUAUUAGAAAAAUCUUCGAAGGGUUAUUUACUUGUGGUCGAAGGUGGAUUAAUAGACUACGCGCAUCAUCGAGGACAUGCUGCUCAAGCACUUCGAGAAACUGUAAGGCUUUCCGAUGCUGUUAAUGCCACUAUUAAUGCAGUUGAUUUAAGUGAUACGUUAAUCAUUGUAACGAGUGACCACUCACAUUCUAUGUCUUUCAAUGGUUACUCUGAUCGCAAUAACUCUAUCCUUGGCAUUGCACAAUCAUCCAAGUAUGAUGGAAUUCCAUUUACAACAUUAUCAUAUAGCACUGGGGGUGUAAAUAACAAAGCUUAUACUGUGAUAGAUGGAGAAGCAGUGAGAAUAGAUCCAAGAGAUUCUGAUACUCUUCAUUUUAAUUAUAGUCAACAAGCAGGUAUUAUUACUGAUGAAGCAUAUCACGGCGGUGGAGAUGUUGCUAUUUAUGCUAAAGGUCCAUUCGCUCAUUUAAUUCAUUCAACACAUGAGCAAAAUUAUAUUGCAUACGUUAUCGGUUACGCUUCUCGGAUAGGCCCAUAUUUUACCAGCAGUGCUAAUCAAUACUUUGACAGGAAAUGGAGUGUGUUAAUUAUUAUCAGCAAUAUAUCAUGUGUAAUUUUAUACCAGUUGUAGAAAAUCCUUCAUAUGAAUGUUGAAAGAAAUUUAUCAUCGCCAACGUCAUUACAGAGUAUUCAAUUUUUUAACAAUAAAUUUAAUAUUAAGAAUCGAGUUAAAUGAAUCAUUAUUUACUCGAUAUCGAUAUAUCAUUACUGAUGACAUUUAUUCGGGAGAUG